AUGGAUAAAAAUGUCAGUGGUGAUCAGAUCUCAAAUGAUUCUCGUUUUCCAGAAGUUCAUAAUAUAGCUCGCUUUACACCAGAGAGCUAUCAACAUAAAAUUUUUAUAGAUCAUGUCAUUAUUUCAAUACAAUCUCUUUUCAGAAACUAUUUAAAAUCCAAAACCCUUAUUGAAGCUUCUCUUCUAAAUAUUACUAAGAGUAAGUGUGAAAAUACAAAAUGCCUAAAUGAACGAAAUUGCACUCAAUGAAAUAGCAGCGGAGCCUAUUUUGGCACUGAACUUGAUAUAACUGAGGUAACCCCAAAUUUAUAUCUUGGGAGUAUCCAUGAUGCAGAAAAUAUUAAACUCCUUAGAGAAAAGAAUAUAAAUUUUGUUGUUCAAUUAUUAGAAAAUGAAAAUGAAUGUGCACGGCUCCCUUUAAUAACAUAUUAUUUUAUAGAAAUUAAAGAUAAUGGCUCUGAAAAUCUUUUGGAAAAAUUAAAGGGAGCUUUAGAUUUUAUUGAUGAAAGCCAUAAAGCUAGAGGAAAUGUGUUAGUUCAUUGCAGAGCAGGCUUGUCUCGAAGCCCCUCAAUAAUAAUUGCUUAUAUGAUCAUAAAAUUUGGAUAUAACGAAUACACAGCAUUAAAAGCCCUAACUCAUAUAUAAAUAAGUUAAUUUUGCUUUUCGCAUAAAUCUCUAAUAAUCUAUAUUAAGUUUUAUUAUAAACUAAUAAUGCUAAUAGCAGAGUAAGAAGAAUGAGGCCCGGCGUGAAUCCUAAUAACGGAUUUAAAAAACAAUUGAAAAAGUUCAGGAAAGCUAAUAAUCUACCAUUUUAA